AUGAAUAAAACCCUCGCAAAUUCUAAAAUGCCUUAAAUUAUUUCAUAGCUCUUUCAAGAAUGGUAUUAAUAAUAGUUUGAAAAAAAAAACAUUUCAACUAGAUAAUAAAGUAUUAUAUGUCAAAUCUUCAACAUCAGAUAAACAGCUGAUGAUAUUUUUGAAUUGUUAAUUUCAGAUUCAAAAUGUAUAUUCCCUGCCAAAAUAUACAAGUUUGUAUUACAAUAAUGUUGUGAUAAAAUUAAUAAGAAUGUGAAAAAUGAAUUAAAAAUGUUGAGAGUAAUUUCAAUCAAAAUAUAAGGGAGCAUUAGUAGUAUUGAAUUAGAUUGAUUUCUUGAGAGUUAAGAAAGAAUUCAGAUUUGAAAUUUUGAUAUUGGAUAUGAAUUAUAUAGAUGGAUUAGGAGGUAUAAUUGUUAAUGAAAUACAAUUACAAACAAAGAGACCAGCCGUAAUUAAAUUAGAAGAAAGAUCCUUACCUCUUUAUGAAGAAUUCUCUAAAAUUUUUGAAAAGAUAAUGGAAAUUGAAUCUAAUCAAUUGCAUGAAUAAUCUAUAAAGAAGAAAAAUGAAUAGAAAUAAAUUUAAUCAGAAGAAGAAUAAAUUAAAAUAACAAUACUAUAAUAAGAAUUGCCAAAGAAUCAAUAUUUAGUAUAUGACGCAUCCAAUUACCCAGAUUAACAUUUUCUAGAGAAAUAAUUCAAAGCUUAAUUUAAAUUUGUUCCCUAUAUAAGUCUUAAACUAAGUUCUAGAGGAACUAAAAAAAUAGAAUAACAAUAAUGA